AAUGGCAAGAGCAUAAAAAGACACUAGACCAAUUGCAGAUUAAAAUACAUCAGAAGCAGCAUGUACCUACGCUGCUCUCAUCUUAUAUGAAGACAAUUAAGAAGUAAAAUCAAUUAUUAAGAGAAGAUCAAUUCAGCAAAAUUGGCUCAAAUCAUCAAAGCUGCUAAUUUGAGAGUUGAACCAAUUUGGACUAAAGUAUUUGAAAAGGCACUCAAAGGAAAGAGAGUAGGAGAUUUAUUACAUGGAAGUAGUGGAAGUGCACCUGCUGCUUAAGUUGCUACAACAACCAACGCACCAGCUUCUUAAUAAGCUAAAGCUCCUGAACCAGCUAAGGAAGUUAAGAAAGUUGAAGAACCUGAAGAAGAUGUUGAUAUGGGAGGCUUAUUUGAUUGAUA